AUGAAGAUAUUCGCGCUGCCCAUUGUGGCGCUUGCCAGCAUCCUGUCGAUAACUGCCGACAGUGGAACGUGCAGUGGACCACAAGCUCGGUUCAAACCGCCGCCUGGUGCAAUCGUUGUCGAUGCGAAGGGUGAUCCCAAGCACGACCAAGGCAGCUACCGGACGAUGAAGGAGGGCUUUGCAAAACUUGAUGUCCGUACGGAUAAAGAGCAGACGAUCUUCAUCUUUCCGGGAGUCUACAAGGAGCAGGUGGUCGUUCCGCCUCUCAAAGGUGCUCUCGUGAUCCAAGGCGCCACGUGCGAUGCGACGUCGUACGUCAAGAACGAGGCGACGAUUACGCACGCGAUGGCGCGGAAGGACCUACCUCCAAAUGUGACUGGUGAUCACAAUGCAAUGACCAGCACAAUGCGAUUCAGGUCCAACAACGUGAAGGUUUACAAUCUCAACAUCGCCAAUACGGCAGGCAAUGUGGGACAGGCCGUCGCUGCUACCGUCGACGCCACAAACUGCAGCUUCUACGGCUGCAGCUUCACCGGACAUCAAGACACUUUGUUGACCAAGAAAGGUCUUCAGCUGUAUGCGAAGUCAUACAUCAAUGGCGCUGUCGACUAUAUAUUCGGCACCAGGGCGACGGCUUGGUUCGAAGGCUGCGAUAUUGAAAGCAUUGGCAAGGGGUUCAUCACCGCCAACGGUCGGUCUAGCGAAGACAGUGAUUCCUUUUACGUCUUCAACCACGCGCGCGUGUACAGCUCCGAUGCCAAGGCCUUCAACACAACCUUCCUUGGUCGUCCGUGGCGGCAUUUUGCUCGCGUCGUGUGGCAAAACGGCGAGCUUGGCCGCGUUGUCAAUCCUGCUGGUUGGUCAAAGUGGGGAGACGACGACACGUCGAAGUUGUACUUCGGAGAGUUCAACAAUUUUGGCCCAGGCGCAGCUACGGGUCAUCGAGCAAACUUCAGCCAACAGUUGAACAAAGCGGUGGACAUCAAGGAACUCUUUGGUGACAGCUACAAGAGCGAGUGGUGGGUCGACCCAUCGUACCUAUAG